AACCCCAAAAUGAAAACGGAAAAAUAUAGUAAAAAUAGACAAAGCAUAGGGAUAAACCCACCAGAGACAAAUCAUGCUGAGAGAAGACCUUUCUCUACCCCGCCACCCGGUUGCAGUCCUCCGUAUAUCCACGAUCGUGUGUGCGUCCCAGGAAAACAACAGCCACCCCGCACCAAAGCCUUUCGACACAAGACUAUAUACUUUACCAUCCUGUCUGCAACAGCUCUUGAGGUUGAUUCCCCAUUACGCUGCUCAAACUCUAACCGGAAGGGUUUCUUUGUCCGGUAAAUACUCUUUUUCCAUCGUCGUCUUCAUCGUCAUCGUCGUCAUCACCACCAGCAGCAGCACAACUCUCUCUCUUUUGCCCACCACCACAACACCUACAAUCCACUCCCUCCAAUCCAAUCUACCUACCUACCUACUUCUACUUCUCCUACCUCUCCUCCUCCUCAUCCUCUUCCUCAUCCCGAGUUCUCCUUCUUGUUGCUCCCUCCUUGACCCUUUUGACGCGCUCACCCUCACGCCCCCGCCUUUCCCCUUCCCUUCCCCUUGCUCUCCCCCCCUCCGCCUCUCCACCUCCACGCAGGCAGAGAGACCACUGCUCCUCCCAUCGUCCACGCUCCCUCCCCCAUGCCCAUGAGUCUCCCGGCCCCGGUGCUGCAGCAGGAGAAGCGCCAGCAACGUCAGUCCAAAAGAAAAAGCUAACCGGCUCCCGUAAGCGA